AUUGUUUACAUUGUUAUUUGCUUCUGGAUUGUCGGCGUCGUCGAGUGUAGCUAGCGUUUCGGAGGAAAGGCCAUUUACCAUUAGUGCAGCUAGAAGCGUCGGUAACGCUUUUCAUCCAGAGAGCUUGUUUGUUGCCAUACUUGCUUGUUUUUGCCAUACUUGCACGUCAUUUCCGGGGUUUUGUUUCAUUCAGUGUCGAUGUGUUUAUGUAUAAAAAGCCCAGGAUCGUCUUCGAUGCCACGCUUUGAGCCAGCUGUCUGUGUUAUGGCUACGAUUGAAUCUUGGUUGCCGUUUAAUCUGAAACGAAGUACACAUGUUUUCAUUGAGGGCAUGAAAAGGUCCAGAAAUGAGGACUCCGCAACAUUACACUUUGCUGGGCAGAAGGCGAAUAAGCUCCCUCGAUCUGAGAUUGAAAAGCUAAUUUCCGAGAAGGUUGUGACCGCAGUCGAGCAGUCUGAUUCCAAAAUGAAGAAUCUGAUGGAGAGAAUCGGCGAGGUGAAUGGUGAACCCAGAUACGAUGCCAAAAUCAAGAAACUGGAAGCUCAUGUAAGGAAAAUAAAACGAAGGGGAGAUGCAGUAUUUGCAUAUAUCAGAAAGUUCAGGUCCUUAGGGAUUUCUCAGAAUCAGUCUCCUCCUUCUGUAAGUCCUCCUCCUGUGCAGCCCCAGCGAUGCAUCUCUCCAGCUGAACCAAUAACCAAUAUAUUCAGAUCAGUCAAUGGAGGGUGUUUCAGUGACAAUGCUUCAGUGUCAUCAGCAGACAAUGAUUGUGAGAUGACCACACUGAAAAGACCAAAGAAAGGGUUCUGGCAGAGUUUGGUAAAGCGGCCUAAGAAUCAGGUUGUUGACCUUACAGAAGACAGAGCGGCCAGACUGAAUGAAGAAAGCCUGGUUACCCAACCAUCAGAUCAGAAAUCAGAACCUUCAAGACAGGAACCAUCAAAACCCUCAAGCACACCACCUAUAGCUAUUAAAGAAGAAAAAGAAAGUGUUAUGGAGGAGGACCGUGUCAGUUCUUCAGUUCAGUUGGAAGAGGAGGACUGGCACUCAAAACUCCAUCCGUUCCCAGACACCCCGUUUCCUAAAGAGCUUCCGGUUGUAGCUGCCUCUUAUAACUUGCCCCAGAAGCCAGUGGUGAAACUAGCUCGGAUUGGAAGCGCACAAGAACUAGGCAUCGCGUGGAACGUGGAUCGGAAAGAUCCCCAUGUAGCAGAGAUGGAUUGCUACUACAUUUACGUUUCCCAUGAACACAAAAACAGCACUUUUUCAGGAUGGAAGUGCCUUGGAGAGAUCAAAGCUAUGCCUCUUCCUAUGGCCUGCAAGGUGUCAGACUGCAAAGGAGAUAAACGACUGUGCUUUAUCGUUGUGGGGAAGGAUAUAUUUGGCCGUUAUGGGCCAUACAGUGACAUACGCACUGUUGCAUCAGGACAAAUAUGAUUUUGGCAACAUUUCUCCAGUGUGUUGAAACUUUUGUUCAUAUAAGGUUUGAAGGAGUAUGAAUGUGACUCUUUCUACUGUAAUUUAGAGUAUUUAAUUUUUUUAAGAUUUGAAUUUCUUAAAAGAUGUUAAGUUGGGUACAAAUAAAGUUAAAGCUGCUGUUUUUUUCCCUCCAUUUUUGUAUUUCUAGUUGUUUUCCUUUCUCUGAAGAAAAAUGGUUUUUUUUUUUUUUUUUUUUUUAGUACCAGAGAGCCCAGAAAAUCAUUCCACUUCCAUGAAUCUCACUAACACAAAAGUAUUAAGAAAGAAGCUGCUGUCUUGUAUUGUUUUUAUUGGUUAUAAAGUUACAAACUGAUUUAAUUUGUCUCUGGUCUUCAUAAUAUGAAGUCUUCAGUGGUAUGAGUCAACAAAGCAAUCACUAGCCAUAAUAGACAGUGAUUGUGAACGUCUAAUGUAAGCAGCAGAAAACAUUUCAGAGACAACAUUUGUUUCCUGUAACGACUCCAGUUGAGGGUACUACUUCAUGCUGCUGCAGAAAUUACACUCCACUCAAAUGGAGAAAUAACACUAUAUCAGUCAUCCUCAAAAAUGUUGACUUCCGACUCAUUUAUUUUAUAUUUAUGAAGUUCUGAAUUCAGUUCAGUUCAUUUUUCUGACAUAAAAGAUAGAAGUUGCUUAUUAAUAUCUCUUUUUCAUUUCACAGAUGAAGCAAGAUUUGUAACAAUUGUGACAUUAGAUGCAUCUGAAAGCACACCAAAAUUUUUUUUUUUUUUUUUUAUAAUUAUUCACACAGUUGUUUACAUAAACAUAAAUCAAGAUUGCACCAGUAACCUGUAAAUGAAGUGGGCAUAAAGGUAAAUUUUAGUGUUGUCAAAUGAUUUAUCGUGUCCAAAAUAAAAGUUUUUGUUUACAUAG